AUGGAUGACUCGCCCAACGACGCCAGGUCCAAGGAGGUCGUCCGGCUAUGGCGCGCGUGGAGGACGGUGCACGAGAUGAUUGCCGACCGGGAGUACGAGCUGGCCGAGGACGAAGUCCACAUCUCGCUGGACCGGUUCCGCGACGAGUUCUGCAACCCCGACGGCUCCGUCAACCGCUCCAAGCUCCAGUUCUCGGCGCGCCCGAGCGACGCCAUGCUCAGGAAAAACACCCCCCCGGCCACGGCGGCCAACCCCGACCCCGUGCCCGACUGCGGCCCCGUCUGGGUCGAGUUCCUCGCCGACAAGCAGUUCGGCGUCGGCCAGAUCCGCCAGUUCGCAAAGUACACCAUCUCCAACAACUACAAGACGGGCAUCAUGGUCACCCACGUGCCCCUGUCGCCCGCCGCGCGCAAGUCGCUCGCCAGCGUCGAGAACCUGGCCAAGAUUGAGUGCUUCCUCGAGGACGACCUGCUCGUCAACAUCACCCACCACGAGCUGGUGCCCCGCCACGUGCUGCUGUCGCGCGACGAGAAGACGGCCCUGCUGAAGCGCUACCGCCUCAAGGAGACGCAGCUGCCGCGCAUCCUGCAAAAGGACCCGGUGGCGCGCUACCUGGGCCUGAAGAGGGGGCAGGUCGUCAAGAUUAUCAGGGUGAGCGAGACGGCGGGCCGGUAUGCAAGCUACAGGCUGUGCGUGUGA